AUGUCGCAAGAAGAGAAAAACGCAUUUUGGAAAGCGGCGGAUAACAAGCUCAUCCGUUAUGGUGGGUCAUGGGCCAAUGUCAUUGUGGAACGAGCCCAGGGUACUGCCAUGUGGGACUCUGAUGGAAACAAGAUCCUCGACUUUACCUCUGGUCAAAUGUCAUCUCUCCUCGGCCAUGGUCAUCCUGAAAUCGUACAAGUAGUUUCAAACUAUAUGGCAAAUCUCGAUCAUAUCUUCUCUGCAAUGGUCACCAAACCUAAUGUAGACCUGGCACUGGCUCUCUCCAGUCUAUUGCCGCCCGGACUAGAUCGGUGCAUGUUUCUCUCUACCGGUUCGGAAACCAACGAGUGUGCUUUGAAGUUGGCCAAGAUGUAUACGGGUGGUCAUGAAGUCGUUUCUCUAUCUGCUUCCUAUCAUGGGAUGACCCACGGAGCAGGUGCUGCUACUUUUUCCGUCGGUAGGAAAGGUUAUGGACCUCAACUUCCUGGAAACUUUGUACUUCCUGUUCCAUACGCGUAUCGAUCUCCUUUCCGUCAUCCUGAUGGGUCAUACGAUUGGAAAUCAGAGUUAGAUUAUGGAUGGGAUCUUAUCGAUCGUCAAAGUACAGGAGCCCUAGCAUGCGUUAUCAUCGAACCUAUCAUUUCCACAGGAGGUAUAAUCACCCUUCCUCCCGGUUAUCUAAAAGAGAUGAAAAGUCAUUGCGAACGAAGAGGUAUGGUUCUCAUCAUCGACGAAGCUCAAACUGGAAUGGGAAGAACUGGUGAUAUGUUCGCAUUCGAACAUGAAGGUGUCAUUCCUGAUAUCCUCACUUUAUCAAAAACUUUAGGUGCUGGUCUACCUCUGGGAGCCACAAUUUGCACACAAGAGAUUGAAAGGGUUUGUCAUGAGAAAGGAUUUUUCUAUUAUACAACUCAUUUGAACGAUCCUUUAGUUUGUGCUGUCGGAGCUAAAGUUUGUGAAAUUGUCGUACGUGAUAAUCUCGUUGGAGAGGCUAAAAGGAAAGGAAAGUUAUUGGAAGAAGGUUUGAAAAAUCUUCAGAAGAAAUACCCUUGUAUAGGUGACGUCAGAGGUAGAGGUUUAAUGAUGGGGAUAGAAAUCGUUCUUGAUCCAAUUACGAAAAUUCCAGGUGAUGAACUCGGUACUUCCAUCUCUGCGAGAUGUAUGGAAACUGGUCUUUCAUGUAAUGUCGUUCAACUUAAAGGGAUGGGAGGAACAUUCCGUAUUGCCCCACCUUUGACUAUUACGGAUGAAGAGAUAUCAGAGGGGAUAGCGAUUAUGGAUGCUGCUUUUGAUUGGGCUUUGAAGGAAGCAGGAAUGAAGGAAGUUGUCAAUGGUCAGAAAGUUAUCCCGUGA